AUGGCUGCCCCCCCCGCUGCUGCCCCCUCAACAAGGGGAGCAGCAGGGGGAGUACGGGGUGUUGCAGGAGCAGGGGCAGCAGGACUUGGGGCGACUGCAGUUGGCACUCCAGCCCCCGCGGCGGCAGCAGCAGCAGCAGCCGCAGCGUUAGGAGCGGUUGCUGCAGUUGCAGGCGGCGUGCCUUCACUGUCUCGUGUAGCUCUGAGCCAAGCAGCACCGCCUGCAUGCAUCAACGGCGUUUAUCGCGUCGGGAGGAAAAUCGGAAGCGGCUCCUUCGGGUGUCUGUACGAAGGGGUGGAUCAGCGAGGCAGAGAAGUGGCUAUUAAGCUGGAGCCUGCCAACACCAAACACCCACAGUUACUUUAUGAGGCACGAAUCAUCAAGUUCCUGCAAGGAGGAGUCGGCAUUCCCGUGUGCUUCUGGUACGGUCUGGAGGGAGAGUGGCAUGCAAUGGUCAUGGAGAGGCUGGGUCACUCCCUGGAGUAUUUGUUCAAUGCCUCUCAGCGCGUCUUCAGUCUUCCUACAGUGUUGCAGCUCGGUAUUCAAAUGCUAGACCGCCUGGCAUACAUACACCAGCGAAACUGCAUCCAUCGCGACGUGAAGCCUGACAACUUCCUGGUUGGGCGGCACGCGGACGGCUUUCGGGUGUACUUAAUUGACUUUGGUCUUGCGAAAAAGUACAGGGACAGCCACGGCAAACAUAUUCCGUAUAAGGAGGGCAAAAACCUCACAGGCACUGCUCGUUACGCCUCACUCGCCACGCAUUUGGGGGUGGAGCAAGCGCGGCGGGAUGACCUGGAAGGCUUGGGCUACGUGUUGCUGUAUUUCAUGAGGGGGUCGCUGCCGUGGCAGGGGCUGAAGGCGACGAAUGCUCCGGACCACAACUAUUUGAGGGGCCUGUUCUUAGAAGAACUGCAGCAGCAACCCAAGCUGCUGCUGGCUCCUUUCGAUUGGAUCCCGAUCGUGGGUUGCUGCUCCUGCGCAGCGUGCAAGCGACAGGGGCCCCUGUCCAGUGUUCAGCAGCAAGAAGAGCAGCUGAGACAGGUGGGUCUCUGUCUAGGCAAAGCCGGAGGCUCGGCAACACAGAGGACAGCAGCGUGGCGUUCGUCGCCUGUUCAACGGCAGCAGCAAUUGCAGCAGCUACAGCAACAGGAACCUGAGCAGUGGAGGCCGUGGAGGCCCCAAAGAGGGCGGGCCGCUCGGUGCACAUAG